GUAAUGAUGCCAUUUUAGAAGUGGCCUAUUUACAUCUAUUUCCCAAAUACUGAUCUCUAUCAUGAUUACAUGAUUACAUAACACUGAUUACAUAAUUUUGAUCAUUUCUAAAUCAAUUCUAUUACAAAUUAUUCUAUGAAAAGAAAAGAAAGACAAGACAAUAAUAAACAUUAAAUGAAAAAGAAAAUUCAAGGAUAUAAUUAUUACAUUUAUGUAGAACAAUUUCAUUAAUAGAAUAGAUGAAACCUUAAAUAAAAUGGAUUCAGAAAAUCGUGUUAUUUUAAAUGUUGGCGGUAUUCGUCAUGAAACUUAUAAAGCUACAUUGAAAAAGAUACCAGCAACACGUUUAUCAAAAUUAACUGAAGCAUUAGCUAAUUAUGAUCCUGUAUUAAAUGAAUAUUUUUAUGAUCGUCAUCCAGGUGUAUUUUCACAAAUAUUAAAUUAUUAUCGUACUGGUAAACUUCAUUAUCCUGUUGAUGUAUGUGGACCAUUAUUUGAAGAAGAAUUAGAAUUUUGGGGUUUAGAUGCUAAUCAGGUUGAACCAUGUUGUUGGAUGACUUAUACAGCACAUCGUGAUACCCAGGCUACUUUACAAAUUUUAGACAAAGUUGAUAUGGAUAAUGAUGAUUAUACACCAGAGACUUUAUAUAAACGUUUUGGUUUAGAAGAUGAAUAUACAUGUAAUGAAUUGAAUACUUGGCAAAAAUAUCGACCAAAAGUAUGGGCAUUAUUUGAAUUGCCACAUUCAUCAAUUGGAGCAAAAUUUAUUGCUCUAUUAUCAAUCACAUGUAUUAUUCUUUCAAUAUUGGCUUAUUGUAUGGAUACAUCACCAAUAUUUUCUACACCAUCUAUUCGUACAGAAUUAAUUAAUACAACAGAUGAUCAUCCUAUAGAUACUACUACUACUAAUACAUUAGAUAGUAGUAUAAGUAGUAUAACAUCAAAUCAACAACAUCAUUAUAAUAAACCUAAAACAACCAUGUUCAUGAAUUAUAAACAAUCAAUAAAAGCGAAUUAUUCAUUACAUCAUAAUUAUACUAUAUUAAUUAAUAAUAAACAUUACAAAAAGAAUAUUCUAUUUAUUUAUAUAGAAUGUAUAUGUAAUAUAUGGUUUACGAUUGAAUUAAUCAUACGUUUUACCGUAACAAUAAAUCAUAAAGAAUUUGUAAAAAAUUUAAUUAAUUUAAUUGAUAUUGCUGCAUUAUUGAGUUUUUAUAUACAAGUUAUCUUAUUACAUCAUCAUCCUCAUCAUCAUGAAAGUAGUUACCAUGGCAACUAUGGUUACCAUGGCAAUGGUGGUGUUGGUGGUGGUGGUGUUGGUGUUGGUGAUAAUGAUGAUGUAACAUUUGUAUCCAUUAUUGAAUUUUUUAGUAUAUUACGUGUCAUGCGUUUAUUUAAAUUAACACGUCAUAUAUCUGGUUUAAAAAUAUUAAUAUUAACAUUUAAAGCAAGUGCUAAAGAAUUUUCAUUAUUAAUAUUUUUUUUGGCUGUAUUUAUUGUAUUAUUUGCUGCAUUAAUAUAUUAUGCUGAACGUUUAAGUACUAAUCCACAUAAUGAUUUUACAUCGAUACCAAUUGGUUUAUGGUGGGCUAUUGUUACUAUGACAACAGUUGGUUAUGGUGAUAUGGUGCCUAGAUCAUAUGCUGGUAUGAUUGUUGGUGCAAUGUGUGCAGUAACUGGUGUUUUAACAAUAUCAUUACCAGUACCAGUAAUUGUAUCAAAUUUUUCAAUGUUUUAUUCACAUACAUUGGCUAGAUCAAAAUUACCAAAAAAACGUAGACGUAUAUUACCAGUAGAAGCAAUUCGACCUAAACAUAAAUCAAAUCAAAUUGGAUCUGGUACAAAUCAUGGAUUAAUACAUCAUAGUAGUGGUUAUAUAAAUGAUACAAUGAAUUUAAGUAAUUUAGCUAAAGGAAUUGUACCAAAUAUUCCACAACCUAUUGCUAAAGCGAAAUAUUCAGAUAAUUUUUCACAUAUUAAAGAAAAUUAUCAAAGUCGAAGAAAAUUUUCUAAUUCAAAUGAAUUCCCCAUAAAUGAACAAUAUAAAUGUGCUUAUGGUAUACAUACUAGACGUGCAGCAUUGAUACAUGCAUCAAAUUCAUCUUUGGAACAAAUAGAUGAUGAUAAUGAUUGUGAAUCAAUUAGUAAAUCAUUAAAAUCUGAAUUACAAUUUACAGAGAGAUCACGAAAAAGUUCUACAGUAAACUCUAGUGGACAUCAUAUCAAUUCAAUGAAUCCAUUAAGACGAACUAUAGAUAAAUCAAGUCAUUUAUCAUGUCUUACAGAAUAUCAAUCGAAUCAUAAACCUUCUUCAAUUCUACAAUAUGAAACCCCACAUCACCACCAACAUCAACACCACCACCAUCAACAACAACAACAAUGUGAUUCCUUAGCAACUCAUAGUAGUAAAACAGAUUUAUAUCUUUCAUCUAUUACAUGUAAUUCUGAAUUAUUACCUCAUUCACCAUCUAUGUUUGAUGAACAAUUAAAUAUACAAAAUAAUGAUACUACUAACAGUACUACUACUACUAAUACUAAUACUACUAAUAAUAUAUCAGAUAUGAUAACAUAUAGUACUCAUAGUUCUACAAAGAGGAUGCAUUUAUUACCAAGUCCAUGGAUCGGUACAUCAUCAUCCAUUGAUCAAACCAAUGAACAAGAUGAUAUUAUGAAUUGAACAUAAAGAAGAAGAUUUCAAUUGAUGAACAAUAUGAAAAAGCCUUCCAAUUUAAUCAAUAAUCAUAAUACAUAUAUACAUAUAUAUCUAUAUAUACUUGUUACUGAUCUCAUUUACAUUAGUAAUCAGUGAUAUAAAUCUUUAUUUAUGUAUAAAUCUUUAUAUAAUAUUCAUUGUAUAGUUAGGUAGGUAGGUAGGUAGGUGGGUGGGUGGGUGGUUGAGUGAGUGAGUGGGGGUACUUAUUUUAAUUGUAACCAUGCAUAUUUUACAUAAAAAUAUUACAAUCCCAAGAAAAUAGGAACAGUUAUCACUAAUGAAAAAAAUUGAUUUUUAAUGGGAUACUUCAUUUGUUGUCAUUUGUAUUGCCUAUAAUUUUCAAUAAGAUUGUCAUAUAUGGA